CCCAGAAUAAGGCGGUACAUUAUUUGUUGUUGUUUUAGUGGGAGAAGUGGGCCAGUCGACAUCCACAACAUAGAAGGCGAUUUAUAAUAUACAAAGUGAUUGAGUUUUGGAGAUCAACAUUAUUACUGCGCUGAUUCGGCCGUCUGAUAUUCGUCCAAGUGGGGAAGACGGGCGUUGUAUUUCACUUCUUCCUGAAUCCAUCAGUAGCUAUCCAAGGGCACGAGAGGCUUUAGUGAAUGGUUGGGUGAACAUAAACAAAACAAACAGGCAUUGCAAUGUCUAGCCAGUAUCAGCGAAGUGUUCCACUGGAGGUCAGGAGAGCGGAAGGGGAGAGAGUCCGCGCCAAACAUCCGGAUAAAAUCCCGAUAAUAGUGGAGAGAGCUGCAAGGUCACGAGCUCCUGAGCUUGACAAAAAGAAAUACCUUGUUCCUUCAGACCUCACAGUCGGACAGCUCUGCUUCCUGAUCAGACAGCGGGUGUCUAUGAGACCAGAAGAAGCGCUUUUCUUUUUUGUUAAAAAUUCCCUCCCUCCAUCCAGUUCCCCCCUGUCUGCAGUGUAUGAGGAACACCAUGAGGAAGACCUGUUCCUGUACAUGACAUACAGUAAUGAGAGUGUUUACGGUGCCUGAGACGGAGGACGAAAGGACUGGAGAGAAGAGAUGGAGAAAGAUGACGCAUUAUUAUCCCAUGUUCAAUACAUUGUACCUAAAGAGGGCAUUGUUCAAUAAUGGGGACUAAAGGGUGCUGUUUGUAUUUAUCAGUAUUCGGGGGAAACUACAAUGUGAUGCAUUAAACAGAUUAUUAAAGCAUUGGGACACUAAAGAGAAAAUGGAAGGUCAAAAACAAAAAUAGAGAUACAUUUAAAAAAAAGUAGUAAAGUAAGCAAGUUUUAAUUUCAUCUUUCUCUCCCAGGAGCGCAUCAUUUGUAUUUAAUGCAAAUAGGUUUUUGUUCUUGUUUUUCUUUCUUUUUUUUUGUAAAGUAUUUUCAAUAACU